CACAGCGCGGUAAGCAGUAAGUGAAGUGAAGCUACGGUUUGAUAGUAUCAAGAUGUCCGAAGAUAUUUAUGCCAAACCAGACAAGUCAAAGAAGGUGAGAUACAACAGAAAUGUACAGAAGGACAAAGAAUGGGAGGAAAGGGAGGUGGAAAUAUACGACGAUAUCGGAGAUGAUCAAACUGAUAAUCAGUCACACGGAGGAGGACCAGACACUGAGAGGCAUCCUCCAGCUGUCCAAAGGAAGACUUUCAGGGCUGCAGCACUCUGUCUGGCAGUGCUCUGCUUUCUGAUGAUGACUGGAAUCAUCUUAUCCGCAUACUUAUCCGUCAACAUGAGUCAGUUAAAGGAAGAAGUAAAGCAGCUGAAGAACAGAACUGAAGAGAAGCGGUGUCCUGAUGGAUGGACGAGAUUAAAAAGCAGUUGUUACUUCAAAACUAAUGGGUUGAACACUUGGUCUGGAAGCAGAGCUGACUGUCGGCAGAGAGGAGCAGAUCUGGUCGUUAUAAAUGACGAAGAGGAAAGGAAGUUUGUCUCUGAGCUGAGUAAGGAUGGAGAGUCCUGGAUUGGUCUAAAGAAUGAAUGGAAACCAUCAGGACAGAAAUGGGAAUGGGAAUGGGUGGACGGAUCACUGCUGAUAGAAACGUGAGACAUUUUAAAGUUUUUUGUUUCCAUCACAAUUCCAUCAAAGUCACUGUAUGUCACUAAAAUAAGUAUGUUUUAAAUAGAAGGAUGCUGAGUUGAAGCUGAUUUUGUCAGCUGGUGUUUGUAAACAGCAUUCAAGGUUGGCUCCU